AUCACCAAUUACCCAACAUCCGGUCCGGCAUUUAAGUCACUUAACAGUUUUGAACUCUGACAGUAGUGACUGACUAUGGCCGGCGUCAGCAUGGUAUCCCCCCAAAAAAUCAACGACCGUCGCGAAAUCCUAAUCCUCCGCAAAACCCCCCAAGACGACAUCCUCAUCACCAACCGGAAGAAACCCAAAUCGGGCGGGAAAACCGCCCCCCAACCCAUCGCCGUGGCCCGGAGGAACGCCCGCGAACGCAACCGAGUCAAACAAGUCAACAAUGGGUUCGCCAAUUUGCGACAACACAUCCCGAAUUUCAUCGCAGCAGCUUUCGAGUCCAACACGCGAGGAGGCAACAAGAAGUUGAGCAAAGUGGAGACCCUCCGCAUGGCUGUUGAGUACAUCCGCAGUCUGGAGGAUCUCCUCGCCCUCGACGAGAGCAACGUCUCCUCCUCGACCUCCUCAAUACCCUCACCGUCCACCACCGACGACUUGUCGACAAACCCCACGCCGUCGCCACACUACACCUACCAAAUCAUCCCCUACGUCGACGACCACAUCCUCUGCGAUCCCAGUCUCAUGGACGCCGGUUUGGAGUUUAACGGUGCUCAAGACUUGUCCUUGUUGCAUGUAAGUGACUCUUUGUCGCCGGGGAUGUACAGUGAACAGAGUUUAUCACCUGGGGGUAGUGAUCAGAGAGGGUAUUUCGGGGACGAUGGGAAAAGUGACGACGUUCCGGUGAUUUCACUCAAGAAUGAAAACGAGCUGCCGCAGCAGCACAAGACAAAUGUUAUGGAUGUCAUGCAGUGGUGGGAACAGCAGCAGUCGCCGCGGUCGACCAUUAGUUAGUGGAAAUGAUGAUUCGCCACCCAAAUCCCAGUGCCAGAAAACCCGACUCCGAUUGUGAUUUUAGUGAAAUUUUGGAACGAAAAUGCCGACUGUUGUUAUUAUAAACGAAUUUUAAGAUUGUUUUUAGAGAAAUUUUUAUUGAUAUUUUUGUAUUUAUUUUUAUACUCGUUUUAAGACUGUAAAUUACGUUAGGUAAUAUUGUGAUUGGAACACCAGUGCCUUAAUUGUGAUACUUGACUGGCCCUCAACCGAAAUAAUUUCGAUUUGAUUUGGAAAAAUCAAGUCAAAAUUGUUGCACUGACGGCCAUUCAAGUCCAGUAUUGUAGUUUUUAAGAUUGAAAACUUAGUUUAAUGAUCUCAUCCGACUUGUUAUUAGC